AUGGCUUCUUCUACACGACCACAGAAUGUCGGAAUCAAGGCAAUGGAAAUCUACUUUCCCAAGAGGUGCAUUUCUCAGGAUGAGCUCGAAGACUUCGAUGGAGCUCCCAAGGGAAAGUACACCAUUGGAUUCGGACAGCAGUUCAUGGCCUGCACCGAUGACCGAGAGGACAUCAACUCCUUUCUCUUGACUGUCACCCACAACCUUAUGGAGAAGUACAACAUCGACCCCAAGUCCAUCGGCCGACUCGACGUCGGUACCGAGACCAUCAUCGACAAGUCAAAGUCCGCAAAGACUGUCCUGAUGAACCUCUUUGUCGAGUCUGGAAACUCUGACAUUGAAGGUCUGGACUCCAAGAACGCUUGCUACGGUUCCACUGCCGCCCUCUUCAACGCCAUCAACUGGGUGGAGAGCUCUUCAUGGGAUGGAAGGGAUGCCAUUGUCACUGCUGGUGACAUUGCCAUCUACGCCGAGGGGUCUGCCCGACCAGUAGGCGGAGCUGGUGCUAUCUCCUUCCUCAUCGGACCCGACGCUCCCAUCGUCUUCGAGCCCAUCCACGGUACCCACAUGGCCAACUCGUGGGACUUCUACAAGCCCGACCUCAACUCCGAGUACCCCACUGUCGAUGGACCAGAGACCAUCCAGACCUACCUGGGUGCUCUCGACCGAGCCUACGACGCCUACAGGGCCAAGGCUGCCAAGGCCAAGGCCGCUCAGUCUGGAGCUGCCAACGGAGCUGCUUCCAAUCUGGCUUCCGUCAAGGUAGACGACUUUGACUACACUCUUUUCCACUCUCCUUACGGCAAGCUGGUACAAAAGGGUUUCGGCCGUGUCGCUUACAACGACUACCGCUCAGACCCCACCAACCCCAUCUACGCAUCCAUUCCCGAGCACAUCAAGGACCUUGACAGGAAAAGUACCAUCACCAACAAGGAGGUCGAGAAGGCCUUUGCUGCCUUCACCAAGGACAUGCAGAGCAAGAAGCUUGCACCUACCAGCGACACUGUCAAGCGCAUCGGCAACAUGUACACUGCCUCCCUUUACGGUGGUCUGGCUUCGCUCAUCUCCAAUGUUUCAUCUGACGAUCUGCAGGGCAAGAGGAUCUUCUUCUACGCCUUUGGAUCAGGAAGUGCUGCUUCCGUCUUCGCCGCCCGCGUGCAGGGCUCGACUGCUGAGAUUGCGGCAAAGCUGGACCUGAAGAAGAGGCUCGAGUCGAUGGUCGUCGUACCCUGCCAGACCUACGUCGACUCCCUCAAGUCUAGGGAGGCCACCCACAACGUCGUCGACUUCACUCCCAAGGGUGACAUCGAGAACGUCUGGAGCGGAUCCUACUACCUUGAGAAGAUCGACAAGACGUGGAGGCGGAGCUACAAGAGGCUCAACAAGGACGACCAAGUUUUGGCUCUUCCGUGA